GCAGCAGACUGCAAACCUCUCUUCUUUCCUCCUUCAACGCUUCCCUCUAAACCCACAAACACCCACCUCCCGCUUCUUCGACACAUUCGAAAUCCUCCCCCUUCUAACUUUCUCUAUCCUCAAUAUAUAUUUCGCGCACACAACGAUAACCUCUCUUCUCUGCUACUCCUUCUACUUUCUCUCUCCUCCAUUUAUAUUUGAGAAUCCGAGGAGACGAUUAUACUGAAAAUUAGGGUUGUUAGGUUAAUUAUUUUCAUCUAUCUGCCAUUGUUGUUGUUGAUUAUAAGAGAUUAGCUUUCUCUUUUUUCAACCCUAUUUUCUGGUUUCACCAUCAUUUCCGGAGAAGUUUUUUUCAAAGUGUAAGAAAAUGUCGUUGGAUAUCACUACAUAUUUGCUGGCAGCACAGUCUCCUGAUGCUAAAAUCCGCACAGAAGCUGAGGGUAACCUCAGACAGUUCCAGGAACAGAACCCCUCCGGCUUCCUGCUUGCAUUGUCGGUUGAGCUCUCAGAUGAUGGAAAGCCAAUGGAGUCUCGUAGGUUAGCUGGUAUAGUGCUAAAAAACUCAUUAGAUGCUAAAGAUGCUUCACGAAAGGAUCAUCUUGUGCAACAGUGGGUGGCUAUUGAUGCUUCUGUGAAGUCUCAGAUCAAGGAGGCACUUCUGAGGACAUUAAGAUCUGUGACGCAGGAAGCAUGGCACACUUCAUCACAAGUAAUUGCCAAAAUUGCUUCCAUUGAAAUUCCAAGGAAGGAGUGGCCUGAUCUAAUUGGGUCUUUACUUAAUAACAUGACCCAACCAGAUGGCCCAGCUACAUUGAAGCAAGCAACCUUGGAGACCCUUGGGUAUGUCUGCGAAGAGACCUCCCAUGAACAGUUGGAGCAAAGUGAAGUGAAUGCCAUUCUUACAGCUGUUGUUCAGGGAAUGAACUGUGCUCAACAUAGUGCAGAAAUUCGCCUUGCGGCAACAAGGGCCUUAUAUAAUGCUCUUGCUUUCGCAGAAACUAACUUUAAGAAUGAGAUGGAACGGAAUUACAUUAUGAAGGUGGUUUGUGAAACUGCAACAUCUCAGGAGGUGGAGAUUAGGCAGGCUGCUUAUGAAUGUCUUGUGGCAAUCGCUUCAAUGUACUACAUAGUGCUUGAGCCAUACAUGCAGACUCUCUUUGAGCUUACAUCAAAAGCAGUAAAUCCUGGAGAUGAAGAGGUUGUUGCUCUUCAAGCAAUUGAAUUUUGGAGCUCCAUAUGUGAUGAAGAGAUUGAUAUUCAAGAAUCUGAACCCCCUCAUUCUCACUUCAUUGAAAAAGCUCUACAGUUUUUGGUACCAAUGUUGUUGGAAACUUUAUUGACGCAAGAAGAGGAUCAGGACCAAGAUGACGGCACUUGGAAUCUGUCAAUGGCUGGUGGGACAUGUUUGGGUCUUGUGGCGAGGACAGUUGGCGAUGCUGUGGUGCCGCUUGUGAUGCCUUUUGUGGAGGCUAACAUAUCUAGUCCACAAUGGCGUUGCCGUGAAGCAGCCACAUUUGCUUUCGGCUCAAUCCUUGAAGGCCCUAACAUUGAGACGCUCUUGCCUCUAGUCCAUGCGGGCUUGGAAUUCCUGCUUAAGGCGAUGAAUGACCAAAACGAUCAUGUAAAGGAUACAACUGCUUGGACUUUGAGCCGUAUAUUUGAGCUGUUACAUUGUCCAGCUUCUGGAUUCUCAGUCAUUAAUGCUGCCAACCUCCAACCUAUUCUGGGUGUUCUACUGGAAGGUAUCAAGGAUACCCCACAUGUGGCCGAGAAGAUAUGCGGGGCCAUCUAUUAUCUUGCACAGGGUUUUGAAGAGGAUGGAGCAAGCUCUUCUACCCUCACACCAUAUCUCCCACAGAUUAUAGCUUCUCUCAUGGCAGCUGCUGAUAGAACAGACAGCAAUGAUUCUAAACUCCGUUCUGCUGCAUAUGAAACAUUAAAUGAAGUGGUUAGGUGUGCCAAUGUGCCAGAAACAGCUCAAAUUAUUGAACAGCUGCUUCAUGUUGUAAUGACUAAAUUAUUGCAGUCUUUUGAUCUUCCAGUUGAUAAAGAAAAACAAGGAGAUCUGCAAGCCCUACUCUGUGCUGUCCUGCAGGUCAUUAUCCAAAAACUCAAUGUUGAUGAGACGAAGCAGAUCAUACUUCAAUUUGCUGAUCAGAUCAUGACCUUGUUCCUCCGAAUCUUUUCUUGCCGCAGUUCUACAGUGCAUGAAGAGGCUAUGCUUGCAAUUGGUGCAUUGGCUUAUGCAACUGGACAAGAGUUUGGAAAGUACAUGUCAGAGUUCUACAAGUAUUUGGAGAUGGGUUUGCAGAAUUUUGAAGAGUACCAGGUCUGUAGCAUUACAGUUGGUGUAGUUGGUGAUAUUUCCCGGGCUAUGGAUGAUAAGAUUUUACCUUAUUGUGAUGGAAUUAUGUCCCUCCUUCUUAAGGAUCUCUCCAGUGGUGACCUACAUCGUUCUGUCAAACCACCAAUUUUCUCGUGCUUUGGUGAUAUUGCUCUUGCAAUAGGAGCACACUUUGAAAAGUAUCUUGGCUAUGCUAUUCCCAUGCUACAGAGUGCAUCUGAGGUGUGUGCUCAGAUGGACACGAAUGAUGAUGAGAUUAUGGAAUAUGGGAACCUCCUCAGGCGUAGCAUCUUUGAGGCUUAUUCUGGGAUACUGCAGGGUUUAAAGGAUGCUAAACCGGAGCUCCUUGUUCCACAUGCAAAACAUCUUCUGCAAUUCCUAGAAUUCGUUUUUAGAGACAAACAGAGAGAUGACAGCGUUACAAAAGCUGCAAUAGCAGUCUUGGGUGAUCUUGCGGAUGCACUUGGUCAAAAUGCAAAGAUAUUUUUGAAAGACUGCUCAUUUUGCGUGGAAUUCAUCCAUGAGUGUCUCGAAUCUGGUGAUGAGCAGCUAAAGGAUACUGCAUUAUGGACUCAGGGGAUGAUUGGGCAGGUUAUGGUUUCAUGAGGUGCAGCAAAUACUCUACAUAGCUGCAGAUAAAAUGUCAGCAUGUGUCAUUGCCUCUGUUCUAAGCCUUGUUUGGGGUAUCAGGUAUGGGUUAUGUCAGGGUUUACGAGUCUGAGGUCCAGUAUUCACGUCUGUGUCUGACGUAAAUUUUGGUCUUCACAAGGUUUUAUAGUCACCUAUGUUGUUUUGGGGUCAGGGUCAGGUCGGGGUUGGGGUUUUGGGGGGUCUGGGUCAGGGUCAGGUCGGGGUUGGGGUUUUGGGGGGUCUGGGUCAGGUCAGGUCAGGGUUGGGGUUUGGGGGGUCUGGGUCUGGGUCAGGGUCAGGGUCGGGGUUGGGGUUCAGGAUUAAGGGAAUGAUCCUUAUCUUAUAAGGUCACUAGAUUAAAAGGGGUGGCCUAGUAUUGGUGGCCUUGUGAAACUUUGAUUAAUUCAAUGAAUCCACUACUUUGGUGGUUUGAGUCUAUAUUCUGUUUGCCCCAUAAUGUUUCAUCAAUUUUCUUA